UGCUACGAGUAAUACGGAGUAAAAGUUAAAAAUUCACUCUGUUUAAAUAACAACUUCCGCCGUUCCGCUGCCAAUCGCCACUGUUCCCCGCCGCCCGCCAUCAACCAUGGGAAAAGCAGCCAAUCCUGCUUCAAAGUCAGCCUCAAAAUCUGCAGUUUCAAUAGUGAAGGAUGAUGCUUAUCUUGAUUCUGUUAUACCAAAACGAAUUGAAUUGUUUGAAACUCUUAAAGCUCAACAGAUUGCUCAUCGCCAGACUAUUUCCGGUGACCCCAUCAAGGUUAAGUUACCUGAUGGGACUGUGAAGGAGGGAAAGAAGUGGGAAACAACUCCGUUAGAUAUAGCAAAGGAGUUAUCAAAAAGUCUAGCAUCAAACGCUUUAAUAUCUCAAGUAGACGGAGUAUUGUGGGACAUGACAAGACCUUUAGAAGGUGAUUGCGAACUUAAAAUAUUCACUUUUGAUAGUGAUGAGGGCCGUGACACUUUUUGGCAUUCGAGUGCUCAUAUUCUUGGGCAGGCUUUAGAAAUGACAUAUGGAUGUAAAUUGUGCAUCGGGCCAUGUACUACAAGAGGAGAGGGUUUCUACUAUGACGGUUUCUAUGGUGAACUCGGCUUAAACGAUGAUCACUUUGAUCAAAUUGUUAAUGGAGCUAAGAAAGCUGUUGCGGAGAAACAACCUUUUGAGCGAAUUGAAGUUUCACGAAAGCAGGCUCUUGAGAUGUUUUCUGAUAACAAGUUUAAGGUUGAGAUCAUUAGCGACCUACCCGAAGACAAGACCAUUACAGUUUACAGAUGUGGUCCAUUAGUUGAUCUUUGUCGCGGACCACAUAUACCAAAUACCGCUUUUGUCAAAGCAAUUGCCUGCUUGAAGGCUUCGGCAGCUUAUUGGAGGGGAAACAAAGACCGUGAGAGCUUACAAAGAGUUUAUGGGAUAUCUUACCCUGACCAAAAACGCCUGAAGGAAUACAUUGCUCUGCUGGAAGAAGCCAAAAAGUAUGACCACAGAGAGUUGGGCAAGAAGCAGGAACUUUUCUUUUUCCACCCUCUUAGUCCAGGAAGCUGUUUUUUUCUUCCCCAUGGUACUCGUGUGACCGAGAAAUUGAUGACAUUUAUACGAACAGAGUAUCGUAGAAGAGGUUACCUAGAGGUUACCACACCGAAUAUGUACAACAUGCAACUGUGGGAAACUUCAGGUCAUGCUGCGAAUUACAAGGAGAACAUGUUUGUAUUUGAUAUAGAAAAACAGGAGUUCGGGCUUAAGCCAAUGAAUUGUCCAGGACAUUGCUUGAUGUUUGAUUACCGAGUUCGUUCUUAUAGGGAACUACCGCUUCGUUUAGCUGACUUCGGGGUUCUGCAUCGUAAUGAAGCCAGUGGUGCAUUGACUGGGUUGACUCGUGUUCGAAGGUUUCAGCAGGAUGACGCUCAUAUUUUCUGUAGAGAAUCCCAGAUAAAAGAUGAAGUGAAGAGUGUGUUAAAGUUCAUCGAUUACGCAUAUGAUGUAUUUGGUUUCACCUAUGAACUAAAGCUAUCAACAAGGCCUGAGAAAUACCUCGGGGAUCUGGAAACAUGGGAUAAAGCAGAGAAAGCACUUGAAGGUGCAUUGAACGAGUUUGGAAAGCCGUGGCAGAUUAAUGAAGCAGAUGGGGCAUUUUACGGGCCAAAAAUUGAUAUAUCUGUUUCCGAUGCAAUGAAAAGAAAGUUCCAGUGUGCAACCUUACAGUUGGACUUCCAACUCCCCGAGAGAUUUAAUUUGUCGUAUUCAGCAGAAGACGAGACUAAAAGAGAGAGGCCUGUAAUGAUACACCGAGCUAUUCUAGGAUCAGUUGAACGCAUGUUUGCUAUACUAUUGGAGCAUUAUAAGGGUAAAUGGCCAUUUUGGCUUAGUCCCCGUCAAGCAAUCGUUUGUCCUGUAUCUGACAAGUCCCAAGCAUAUGGACAACAGGUAAAGGACCAGAUUGACGAAGCUGGCUAUUAUGUGGACAUUGAUACUUCUGAUCGAACAAUCCAGAAGAAGGUACGUGAAGCUCAACUGGCUCAAUACAACUACAUACUUGUUGUUGGCGAAGAAGAAGCCAACAAUGGAAAGGUAAGUGUGCGAGUGAGAGACAAGCAAGAACAUUUGGUGCAAUCUAUUCCAGAUCUCCUUAAACAUUUUAAGGAUGAAGUGAAAGCUUUUCAUUAGCAAACACCUACACCGUUGGAAAGGUUACUUGGCUACGGGGGUCCCUAAAUCAAGAUUUUUUUUGCAACUGAAGUCCAAAAUUGACGGGUCUGUUAAACAGAGCUGUCAAGUGCCCACGUGCCCCUCAUGUGUAGGGGUAAAACACUUGAAUGAUUUAUCAACUGCUUGCACAUUAAAGUUUGUAUCAAAAAAGUAAGAGGUCUAUAGAUGUAAAACCAGGGGGUUUCUGAAUAUGCGUUUCCAAAGUGAGGGACCAUUUUGCUAGUUACAACUUCAAUUAAGUAUGCAUUUUUCCGCUUAAUGCAAAGCGAGUGAUGAGUUUAACAAGUAUUAUUCACUUUAACUAUCCUUGGAGUUGGUUUCAAAA